CCAGUGGGCGGGGCGCGCAGCGCGGGGCGGUCCCGGCGCAGAACCGCUGCCGGCAACGCUGGGCCCGGGCAGCUGCCGUGAGCGAAGCUGUCGGCGGGGCGAUGCGGAUGGCGGUCGGUGCGGCAGCGGGGGACGGGGCGGCGCAGAGCCCCGGCCCCGCCGCCGUGUCGCUGGGUUUGAGCGUGGCCGUGGUGUCCAGCUUGGUGAACGGCUCCACAUUCGUCCUGCAGAAGAAAGGGAUCGUGAGGGCCCGCGGGCGAGGUACUUCGUACUUGACAGAUAUAGUAUGGUGGUCUGGCACUAUUGCAAUGGCUCUUGGUCAAAUAGGAAAUUUCUUGGCCUACACUGCAGUCCCAACUGUGUUGGUGACUCCCUUGGGAGCUCUUGGCGUUCCAUUUGGGUCCAUUUUAGCUUCUUAUUUGCUGAAAGAAAAAUUGAACAUUCUUGGCAAGCUGGGAUGUUUGCUGAGCUGCGCUGGGUCUGUCGUUCUCAUCAUUCAUUCCCCAAAGUCUGAGAGUGUAACGACUCAGGCCGAGCUCGAAGAGAAGCUUACAAAUCCAGUUUUCGUGGGUUACCUCUGCGUAGUACUGCUAAUGCUUCUCCUGCUAAUCUUCUGGAUAGCUCCAGCUCACGGACCUACUAAUAUCAUGGUUUACAUCAGUAUUUGCUCUCUCUUGGGCAGUUUCACUGUUCCCAGUACAAAAGGCAUUGGGCUGGCUGCUCAAGAUAUCUUUCACAAUAAUCCGUCAAGUCAAAGGGCUUUGUACCUCUGUCUGGUACUUUUGGCAGUAUUAGGAUGUAGCAUUAUCAUUCAGUUCAGGUACAUCAAUAAGGCACUGGAAUGUUUUGACUCCUCUGUGUUUGGAGCCAUCUACUAUGUUGUGUUUACGACUCUAGUCCUGCUGGCUUCAGCCAUCCUUUUCAGGGAAUGGAGUAACGUAGGAGUGGUCGAUUUCUUGGGAAUGGCAUGUGGAUUCACUACGGUAUCUAUUGGAAUUGUUCUUAUACAGGUCUUCAAGGAGUUCAACUUCAAUAUCGGAGAUUUAAAUAAACCUAACAUGAAGACAGAUUAAUUUAUUUUUUUCUUUUGAGGGGAAACUGGGUGGCUCAGGGAAAGAUAAAGAGCCUUUCAUUUCUAGGUCACUGAUUCAAAUAUGGUUCAGGUUGGUAGUCAGCCUCUGAUGAUUCGGUGGCCUACAUGAAAUGAAUUGGAGGCCUCCAUCCAGUUUCAAAGGAACAGUUAUCCAUUGUACCCCAGUCAAUACAAUAAAUGACCUUAAUUGGAACCACGGAUUGAGUUAGCAUAGAGACUGAUGUAUUUCCUUACUUUAAAGGAUAAUCUAUCAGAAGAGAUGUGAGGAUAUUCUGACAGACUUGAGUGAAUCCUUGUCUUAAGGCUGAGGUGUUGUUUUUGUGGGUAGAAAACAUCGGUUUCUAAUGCACUCAAUCCAACUCCUUUCCAUGAGUGAUGUAUACCUUAAAAAUAAGAGGGGAAAAAAUGCGAGUUGAACAAUUUGUUAAUAUUGCAAUGUGUUCACUGUCAAGGCUGUGAAUUCUGGGACUAAUGGUGGUUGAAUUAUGGACUGCAGAUUUGUCCUUUUUAGUGACUGUCUUGGCAAUUUGGUCUGUCGUGCAGUGAAGACACCGGGGAGUUUAAAAUUAAUUAAUUGAAUUAUUUACACAGAGCAGUGAACCUUUAAAAUCCUUCACUAUUUACUUAUCAGCUGAUGGUAGUGUUCAGGGUUUGAAUUUUCCUUUGUAACAUGUGCAUUAAGACAUACUGCAUUCACCUGGGAGUUUUUAAUUGGGAGCAAAGACUGUAAAAGAUAUGGAAGUGAUGCACAGACUCAUUGCCUAUAUUGGUGGCUUAUUUGUAAGCAGCUCAGAACUAUUUCAGUGCCUUUGUAAUCCAAAAAUACUGCAUAAAUGUGAAUGUAUUUGUUUCAGAUGGCCUAUAUUGGUUUAAUAAUUCAGUCUCACUGUCAAUAAUACUGGAUUGUAUUCAAAUUCUGAACAUGUAAAGCAUCCAGGAGACACAUAUUUUGGAAGAAUAGACUUGCCUGAACUGAAACUCUUAGACGCUUCAACAGCUUUGGCAUAGUUGUAAUGGGAAGAGGUAACCUAUGAGAGGACUGUUCAAAGCCAGCCAACAUACCUUGGUUCUAAUUGACUAAACACAAGAAGCUGCGUUGCAAAGUAGUUAAUAAGCGGCAAAAACAAAAUAGACAUUUAAAAGACAGAAAAGCAUAAGAUUUCUCAUUGCUCAGGAAAAGGAAAGAUGGCCUUGUCCUCUUGUAACGUGGGAAAAGGAGAUUGAAGCCUUACAAAGAGAGCUGAGUUUCAGGAAACCAACUGGAACGUACAUUCAGAUCCACUAAUUUACAGACCUUUAUGAAUAGUUCAGCAAUAAUAUUUUGACAGGUAGUACUCAAUAGCUUAAGCUGCGAGUGGAAUGAUUCUGAACUGAUUAGGUUAAACUUUACAGAGAACAUUUGUGCGUCAAAAAUAGUUAAUUUUCACGUGUUUAUAUUUGCUAGUUAAAAAACCACAAGUCAAAAAUUUGUGAGGAAGGCUUGAGAAGUCAUAAAUGUUUGUUUCCCUUUGAGUACAGAAGCAGAAAUCGUUCAGUGGGACUCGAUAGCUCUGGGUCAGGAUGUUUCUUGAAAUGAACAAAAUAUGGUUAUGAAACAGCGUUUGAAAAAGUUCAUGAUGUUUUUGAAGAAUUCGUGAAUCUUUGUGACUGGCUGAGGGUAAUGCAAAUGUUGGUUAAUGGAAGUAAUGGCGUCCACUCUGAAGUGGGUUUGUUUUGGUGUUUUUGUUUCUUUUUCCUUUGGUGUGAAUUAAUGCUAUCUUAAAACUCACCUAUUGUUUUGGAUGCCACUUUGACAACUCUGAACUCCGGACUCGUGGUCUGAACUGGCAGAAAUAUGCACUGUUAUAGGCUGGCACCUAAAUUGGGUGUCUCGGCUUAAUAGAAUAGCACUAGCAGAAAAGGGGCCACCUUGGAUUUGCAGAUACUUCAUAUGAUUUCUAGAAAGUUUCCAAAUUGUAGAUGGGGCAAAUUGGACCACGAAAGAUAGUUAUUCAACUCUGUGGGUAUUGAUUAGAGAUGGUAUAUCGGUUAUCAGUAGACAUUUGUUUUGUCACACUAGUUCCCUACUUUUAAUGAAACCUGAACUGUACGUAAGUUAUGAGGCCUGUAGUUGACCUACUUUUUAAAACAAUGUUAAUUGUUUUCUGAAGCAGUCGAACUGUCUUUUCAACAUCCACCUUCACAAGUUGAGCGUUGGUUUUGUACCAGCCUUUAAUCUCCGAAUGCUUCCACAAAGAACUUUCUUUAGGUUAAAGUGCAAAAGUUUGUGGUCUUAUCUCAGACCUCCUUUGGCCAUAUUUGUGUGUUUUGUUUUCAAACAUUCCUAUUUAUUUAGAAAGUGCCUAUCCUAGUCCGUUAGGUGCAUAUGCAAGUUAUUAGUUAAUAUUGCAUCCACAAUAACUUGACUGCCCUGUCUAACUCUUGCCAUUUUCCGCAACACACAAACAAGUUUACUUGAUGAGCACUCUCCAAGCAGAGUAAGAAUUAAGUAGCAACCAUGUUCUGUGGUCCUUUGGCCAUCCUUACAGCUGAUAAAUGUAUGGGUGGAUGUCUUCUCCCCGGCUGCUCCUCAUCCAUGAUGAGCUUUCUAGAAAUGUCUAGUUAACCUUGUUGUUUAAAACAGAUGUCAAAAGCCAGCACAUAAGAUGAAAGAAAUUCUCGUGGCCUUGCACAUCAUUUAUAUCUGCAGCCUUUUACAUAGUGAAUGCUAAAUAACGGAAGCCUUUAUUUUUGCUACUUUGUUCAGUAUGUCACGAUGUUCUUUUGAGUACUGCUGUACCUGGAUCUGGUUCAAUUCUAACUUUAGGAGUGGAUUAGCAUUUUGUUGUCACUGUUGGUAUCAUUCUUCUUCCCUGCAUCCCGUGGCCUCCCUUUUUUAGUCUUUGCCAGUUGCUUUUCUGAUUGAAAAGGAGGCACUGUUGAAGUUGAAUUUUAGCUGUUCUGGCUUUUUUUUUUCCCCACCUCUGUCAAGUAAGCACUUGAAAAAGACAUUUGAGUUCCAUCAUCUCAGGGAGCAAAUGUGCAUAGCUGUUUCCUGAGCUUUCCCUCAUGGAAGUGAUGGAGCCUACACGUGUAAAAUGGAGUGAUUACAGUGGUGGGAUGCAUUUGAGUUAAAUUCAAACCCAUACAAAAGGUUUUUCACUCUCUAUGUCUGACUUCUGUUGUACUUAUCAAACAUACCUACUUGUUACUCACCUUGACAAUAGCGCUUUGAUGAUUAUCCCUUCAGUGUAUGGAGGAUUUACAUGUGUCACUCCCGAUCUUUACUAGGUGUCAAACACAAGGAUCCCUCAAAUGUUCAGUAGGAAAAUAGUUACAUUUUUGAUACAACAACCAAAAAAAGGAUUUGUUACCUUAAGUACUUAUGUAAAAAUGAAAUAUACCUAAGGUUAUCUGCUGUACUGACUUUCCAAGACAUUAUAUAUGUAAAUAGAGCCUAUUUAUUAGUGAGCUAAAACUGAUAUUAACAAGAACCUGUCAUAUCACAGUUUGACAAUUGAGGCUUCCUAUUAAUCAUCUUGGUUUGUAUCGAACGUAUGUAUUUUUCUGAAGUAACUAGCACUGAAAAAUGAAAACACUGGAUUUUGUUUGUUAAAACACUAGAAUCUGUGAGGUUUAGCUUUGCUUUUUAUUUGAAACAUAGAGGGUUUGUACUUGAAGAAAGAUCUGGGGUUAAUAAGUAUGAAGCGCUUAAAACCGGACUUGGCACGUUUUACCCUUCUUUCUUCAUAAAUAUAAAGCAUUCUACAGAUGUUCCUCAGUUGUCUCGCUGAAGCUUCACUGUUAAAUCAACUAUUAACAAACAUUUAUCAAUUACCUGAUAUCUUUUCUUUACGGUGGCCAAUCUUUGAAGUAAUGUUUCGAUGCUACUGAAUACAGGCUGAAGCGAUGCAGAAUGUUAGUGCACCACGUGAGGCACUAGCGAUGUGGAAAGUUCUUACUAUUAGUGCCCAUGUGUUUCAGACAACAAUGUUGAAAUGAUUACAAAGUUAGAGAUGAAGAAAUCUUUCUUAAAGGCUGAAAAUAAGUGUUUUUGGUGGGUUUUCUUGUGCUCGGUUGGGUUUUGUUUUCUUUUUUUUUUCCUCUAAGCAGAUACUCUGGAGGGUAGAAAAUGUUACACAAAUGGGGUAUUUUUAACUUAAUUCUUUCUUUUUUUUUUCAACUGUGGAACUUUCUUCUUUUUUCUAACUUUUGUUUUCCUGGCAUAUUGGAAAAACAAAACAAAACCAAAACCAGUUCUGAUGAGAUGUGGGGUAAAAGUGGAUGGCAACAAAUACAUAAUGUCAGGUUGCUUCAAUGCUAUUGCAAUAUAAUCACUAUGGAUUACAUAAAAAUGGUUUAUUUUAUUAGCUUUCAAAUAAUGUGUGUGUGUGUGUGUAUAUAUAUAUAUAUAUAUAUAUAUAUAUAUAUAUAUAUAUACACACAUAUAUAUUUGUUAAUGGCCUACCAAGUCAAGCUUACUCUUUGCUUUUUAAAUAAUAGUUAUAGGCAUGUUGUAUUUGCCUUGUGUAAAUUACAAGAGGCUAUUUAUUAAGUUUUCUGAUGACUAAUCUAUUUAUUAAUCUGUAACAUUUUAAAAUAAAUGAUUUUAUUUCUAGCUCAA